CUUCCUCCUCCUCCCCGUCCCAUAAAGCUGGAUCUGCUUCGCCUGCGGCCGCGGACGCUGCUACUCCCCCGCCUGCAGUGGAAUCAUACGCCUUCUCACUUACCCAAUACCCCCAAAUCCUUUGCUUCCUCCACCCUUGCUCCCCCGACCCUUCCCUCCUCCAUCUCCGAAGCCCUCUCCUUUCUCAGAUCCCCUCGCCAUCUCCCCCAAAUUCACUCUUUUUGCAUCACCUCUGGCCUUGCUCGGUCCCCAUUCUUCGCCGGAAAGCUCAUCGCCGCGUACUCCGACCUCCGGAACCCGGCCGCAUCCCUCUCCGUCUUCCUCUCGACCCCCCGCUCCAAGCACAACGCCUUCUUGUGGAACUCGAUUAUCAGGGCGCGCGCCCGCAAUGGCAUGUUCGCCGAGGCUCUGGAUUGCUACGAAGAUAUGCGGAAGACGAAGCUACGACCUGACGCCUUCACUUUGCCUUCGGUCAUCUCGGCUUGCGCCGGUUUGGGCGAUCUCAGAAUCUCUCGCGAAGUUCAUCAGCACGUUGUCGAGUUGGGUCUCAUGUCGGAUUUAUACAUCGGCAAUGCUUUAAUCGGAAUGUACUCGAGAGUGGGUUCGUUGGUUGACGCUCGUGACGUGUUCGAUGGAAUGGCUCGUAGGGAUAUUGUUUCAUGGAAUAGCUUGAUCUCGGGGUACAGUGCAAAUGGAGAAUGGGAGAAAGCUGUCGAGGUCUAUGGAGCAAUCCGAAUGGACGGCUUUGUUCCUGACUGUUUUACAGUGGAGAGUGUUUUACCAGCUUUCGGAGGUCUAGGUGCCAUUCAAGAGGGGCAAAUGGUCCAUGGGCUUGUAUACAAGGUUGGAAUUGAGGAGGACAGACUAGUUGGCAAUGGCCUUAUUGCCAUGUAUUGUAGAUUUGAGAAUUUGGUUGAUGCUAGGAGGGUUUUUGAUAUGUUAGUCGGGAGGGAUGUGGUCUCGUGGAAUACUAUCAUCGAUGGGUACUACCAAGUCGGUGAUUUUAAAGAUGCACUUCAGAUGUUUCGGAAGAUGAUGACUGGAUCUAAACCGGAUCUUGUGACUCUCACUGUUAUUCUUCAUGCUUGCUGUGAAAUGGGGGACUUACAAUUGGGCUGUUCAGUUCAUGGGUACAUCAUGCGGAAUGGUUAUGAAUGUGAUAUCACAGCAUUGAACAUUCUUUUGGCUAUGUAUGGGAAAUGUGGAAGUUUGAUCAUGGUGCAUAAUUUAUUUGAUCAAAUGGAUGUCAGGGACUCUUUUACAUGGAACUCCUUAAUAAAUAGUUAUGUUAGGAGGGGGCUCUUUAGUAAAGGUAUAGAGCUUUUUAAGUCAAUGAAACAGUUUGAUGUGCAACCUGACUUUGUUACUAUUGUAAGACUCCUAUCUAUGUGCACUGAGUUACAGCAGCCAGUCCAUGGUAGAGGUCUACACUGUAAUGCAAUUAAAAGAGGGUUGGACUCAAAUUUGUUUGUUGGAAAUGCUCUUCUUGACAUGUACUCGAAAUGUGGUAGUCUAGAAGAUGCACUGGAAGAAUUUCAGAGGAUGGAGGUACAUGACAGAGUAAGUUGGAAUACCAUUAUAUCUGGUUGUGUCCAUAGUGGAAAUUGCAGUUUAGGAUUUGAACUUAUAAGUGAAAUGAAGGUCCAGGGGCAAAGGCUUGACAAGGCAACCAUUUUGGGCAUCUUGCCUGCUUGCUCGUACGUGGCAGCAAAACGACUAGGCAAAGAGAUCCAUGGCUGCAUACUCAAACUUAAUUUGGAAUGUGAUGCGGCGAUUUGUAAUGCUCUGAUUGAGAUGUACUCCAAGUGUGGCAGAUUAGACCAUGCUGUUUGUGUCUUUGAACAUAUGAACAUCAAAGACAUUGUUACUUGGACUUCUCUAAUAUUUGCCUAUGGUAUGUAUGGUCAAGGUGAUAAGGCCUUGAGAGUUUUCAUGAGGAUGGAGAAAAUGGGUGUUAUGCCAGAUCAUGUAGCUUUUCUAGCUAUUAUAUAUGCAUGUAGCCAUUCUGGUUUAGUCGAUGAAGGCAAGAUGUAUUUCAAGAGGAUGGAGCAGGAAUACAAGAUCAUCCCCAGUUUGGAACAUUAUGCUUGUAUGGUUGACCUUCUAGCCCGAUCUGGAAAGUUAGAAGAAGCAGAAAUUUUCAUUGAAGCAAUGCCAGUGCAACCGGACAUUAGCAUAUGGGGAGCUUUACUUAGUGCCUGUCGAAUCUUCAAUGAAACUCUGAUCGCUGAGCGUGUCUGUGAACGAAUUAUGGCCUUCGACACAGAGAACACUGGCUGUCAUGUUUUAGCAUCAAAUCUUUAUGCAGCAAUCGGGAAGUGGGACAUGGUUGUUAAGAUACGAAAAUCCAUGGAAGCAAAAACGAUGAAGAAAGAUCCAGGAUUCAGCUGGAUAGAAGUUAAAAACAAGGUUUAUGUGUUUGGGACUGGGGAACAAUUGGUUGAACAAUCAGAAGAAGUGUAUAAGUUUUUAGAAGUACUUACUGGAUUAAUGGCCAAGGAAGGAUAUGUUCCCGAUAGAAAAUUUGUUCUCCAGGAUGUAGAGGAAGAUGAUAAGAAACAUAUGCUAUGCACACAUAGCGAGAGGCUUGCUAUAGCUUUUGGGCUGUUGAAUACAAAGCCAGGCACACCUUUGCUGAUAAUGAAGAACCUCCGUGCAUGUGGCGAUUGCCAUACUGCAAUUAAGUAUAUAUCAAAAAUCGUUGCAAGAGAGAUUUUAAUUAGAGAUUCUAAUCGUUUCCACCUGUUCAAGGAUGGUUUUUGUAGUUGUGGCGAUUUUUGGUGAUCUCUUUACUUUUUUCAGGUUAAAAGUUCACGGAAUGUUUCAAGUUCGAUUCAUGCUUGCACUGGUCUGCAACAGGAUCACCAAAAUCCAUUCUGCAAUGAGAAAAAUUCUGAGAGAGCAGAAGGAAUCAGGACAAAGAACUCAGGUACUGGUGGUUAUCACUUUGUGUCAUAAUUUCAAUGCAAGGACUUGCUGUCUUGAUCAGUAGGAAGACGGUACCAAUCACAGUUGGAGAUAAAAUGUCCGGGAGAAUGACAUGCAAAUUAAUCAGUUGAAAUAGGCUGCACAAUUACAUCAGACCAAAUGUUCAGCAAUUUCUUUUUGCACUGAGCUGUGCCAAGAUAAAGCUUCAGGAGGCUGUACAUUCAGGGCCUGCUUUGACAGCUUUCUACAAGCCAUAUUCUUUAGCUGCCAAGCCAAGCAGCACACUAGCACAGUGUAGGUUGAAUACAGAUUUGUUCAAAGAUGAGACUUUAGCAAAGACCUAGUUGUUGAUGCUGAAUGAUCUCAUUUCCAGACUGGUUUAGAAGAAUGAGUGUUCCUCAAGUCGCUUCCUGGCAAUAAUAGUUGCACCAUGACUGAGGGCCAAGCUAUCCGAGUUGCACCAAAAUUUUGGACAGAUCAGUAAGUCCAGGAAAGAAGAAAAGGACUUGUUCUGCAAUCGUGCUGCAGCACCAACGAUUUAGAAAUCCACACAGCUCAGGAAGAAGUAAUGAGAGGGUUCUGCAACAGGCUCAAGAAAAGCCAUAGGCAAGUGAGGUAUCCAAAGGACCAACAUAGAAGCCUCCCUCAUUUUUCGAACAGGGAGUCAUUCGGCAGCCAAAGUUCAGAUUCAACCAAGUCCCCCUCCUGUUGCAGCUUAUUCUGCCCUCAUGUGAUUUGCCAAUGUGACCAAGGACCAGAAUUGAGAAUCCAAUGAAUUCAUUCAUCACUCUCAGAACUGAAGGGCAUCUGCCUCUCGAGCCAUAUUCUUGGAUGCUGAUUAAGCUUAACACCAUCUUGUGCACAACCAUGAAACUGCAUUGAGUGUAUCAGAAGAGCUUCCUUGUCACCUUCACCAAGAAAAAGAUCAGAAUUUGAACAGCGCAAAUGAAUGUGAGCAUAUCUGACAACCGAGUCUUCCAAAUUCAAGCAGCCAUGUGAAGAGUCAUCAAAUGGAGGAGUGGGAAGAGACGGAGAGCACCCACCAGGAAAUAGCAACAUCAAUAGAUUUGAUUAUUUUAUGAGUGCUCAUAGGAAAUAAGGAAAAGAGGAUUUGAGAGGUAAAAAUAUUCUUAAAAAAAUCCUAAUUCGUGAGAAUUAAAGUAGAGAGUUACUAUGUGAGAACGAUUUCAUAUUGAGCAUUACUAAGAUGUGAUGGGUUAAUCGAAUCGUGAUCGAGACCAUCGUGUCAAUCACGUGAAUCAGUCAUCUAAUGUGUUGGAUUGAUGAGGCAUUCGAAUAAA